AACCAGUAAAAUCAACUUGUUUCCGCAUAUAAUUUUUCCUGAAAUUUCUUUGUUGUUUAUUUACCUUCGGAGCUUUAAGGUACUUCAGAAAGUUUCUAGUUAAAAUCAAAAACAAUGGAAAAUGAGUACACUCAGGAGGAACUUACCUGUCUGACUCAGGAGAAAAUUGAUCUUGGUGAAAAACUGUUGACCGAUUUAGCCAAACUCGAAACAGUGGAUGGAGUGCGAAAAAUCUGCAAGAAAAUCACUCAGGAACUGAAGUUUUUAAACAAGGUCAAGAACACCAGGACAGUUUCCGUUAACCACAUUCUGUGUAGCAAUUUAACACACUUUGGUUGCCUGGUGCAAUGUCUCUUGAGCUGUGAAAAUGUUAUACAUGUCGAUUAUCCUUUGCCGUUGGAGGAACAAGGUUCAAAGCUGCGAGUGGACAUUGUGGCCGAUGGAGGCGCAACCUGGAUUAAGGUGAUUGCCCGUAACCCGAAAUCACUGAGUGAUGCUGUUCACGGUCGUACUAGCUAUGGAUCUAAAAGUAUUCUCGAGCAGGCAGAAGAGUACGUGGAAGCGGCUGAAUCCAAUCCUCACAUGUUUAAGCCACCCCGGGUGGUGUUCCGUUUUCUUAGUAACAUUGAUGAUGAAUUGGUCUCGGAGCUGCAACAGAUCGGAGUAACUGUGCUGGUGUUACAAACUUCCCAACCGGUUCCUAGAACCGAGACUGCUACGGUCAAAUGUUUAAAUUUGGACAUUACGACACUGAUCGCCUAUAUCAGUUCCAUGACGAACGGAUCCGCCCACUGGGAGUACAAUGAACCACUGCUAACGGAACAGGCUCGUUGGGAACGAGAGAAACCAAUCAAACCCCUGCUGGAUCAGUAUUUUCAUGGGAAAGAAUUGAUCUGCUGUGAAACGGCCUAUGCUUCGUUCAAUGAGAUCCUCUCGAUUUUGGGUGGACCGAAUGAAAAAUCACGAGCCGAAGAGCUGUUUCGACGGGUUCGGGUCCUGGCGGAUGUGCCACUGCCACAGGAGAUGAAGCACAUCAAAGUGGGCGGUAAGAUAAAGCCACGAAGUUUGCAGAUAUUCGCUUUCGGGUUGAUCCACGAAGCUAUCACGGUCACAUCGAACGAAGGAUUUGUCCGGGCGGCGCGGAUGCAGGGAUUGGAGGUACCGGUGUUUCUGCACGAUGCCCGUGCGUUGACGGAGGAAAAGGAACAUAGCGGGCGGCUGCUGGCGGAAUGAUUGCAUUCGGCAGUUAGAACUAUUCAAAUUUUGUUUUAAACGAUUGUGAUUCACCAAAUAUAAUACAGCUGUGUUCAAUUCGAAA